AUGGGAAAACUGCUCAUAUACUGGCUAGUAGCAAAGGUUCCUGACGUCGCAAAAAUAUAUGUUUUAGCCAGAAAAGACCCUCAGAAAGAGGGCAUCUGUGUUGAGGAUCGACUCAGUGAAAUAUUAGCAUCUCCCCCGUUUGAUUCUUUGAGGGCGAAAAUAUCCAACUUUGAACAAGAGAUGGCACAGAAAAUUAUUAUCGUCAAGGCAAACUUGAUGGAGAAAGGCUUAGGAUUGGAAUCGAAUGCCAAGCAGAAGUUGAUAGAAGAGGUUCAAAUCUUGAUUCACGCGGCCGCCUCAAGCGACUGGCAAGAAUCUUUGCAAACUUCUUUUAGGUGUAACGUGGUUGCAUCUCUUGAGCUGAUGGAGCUCGCACAUCAAAUGCUCAAACUUUGCGUAUUUUUGCACGUUUCUAGCGCCUUCUUCAUGGGUCGUCCAUUAGACAGCAAAAUUGAAGAGCGCGUGUAUCCAUUACCGUUUGAUGCUGAGAUGAUGUACAAAAAGCUCUGUGAUUGUCCGGCAGACAAAAUGGACAAAGAAUGGACUAAAUUGCAGCCAAUUUUCCACACGACUCAUAGCUUUACCAAAGCGUUGAUUGAGGUUUUACUUGACAACAGACGCCAAAAUAUCCCAUUGGCUAUAAUUCGUCCGACUAUCUUAGGUGCAACGUAUCGAGAACCAUUUCCGGGCUGGGUAGAUUCUCUCAAUGUCAUUGGCGUUUUGUUCAUAUAUACGGCGCUUGGGAUAGUUCAAAUUCUUCCUGGGCGUUUGGAUUACACUUUGGAUAUAGUCCCCUGCGAUUAUGUAGUUCAUGCCAUCUUCAGCAUCAUCUUUCAAUUGAAAAGCAAUAGCUCGAAAGACGAUGGAGAAUUUGGUCCUGCAAGUCAAGUUCCUAUUUUUUUCAUCUCUUCUUCAUCAAACCCACUCACGUGGAAGUUUGCUAUUGGGACUAUGCAGAAAUAUUGGCAAAGCACACUACCUGCCAAACCCCAGGGCUCUCCAAAAAUUAGUGUUUAUAGGAAUUAUUUAUUUUACCAAGAAAUUGUGGAGACGCAUUUAUCAGCAAAUUGA